AUGACAUGGAAGCAGCAUAUAACAUCAGCUGAAGCAAAAGCAAGAAGAAAACUAAGCAUCAUGGGGAAAUUGUCAGGAACAAAUUGGGGUGCCAAUGAAAAAAUAUUAAAAUCAGUUUACCAGGGGAAUGUUCGUCCACAUCUCGAAUAUGGAUCUAGCUCAUGGAUGACAGCAGCAAAAACCCACCUACAAACCUUAGACAAAGUACAAAACCAGGCACUACGAAUCAUUACAGGUGCCAUGAAGUCAACCCCAAUACAUAGUAUGGAGGAGAUAACAAACAUAACUCCGCUAAAUAAGAGAAGGGAGUGCAAUGCAAUGUUACAAGCCGCAAAAUACUGCUGUACUGAAGAUCACCCAAUGAAUAAUAGACUAACGCAACUCUCAUCAGGCAGACUGAAAGGAUCAAGUUUUGUAUUAGAGACAAGAGCUUUACAAAGAGAACAUCAUGAAUCGCUACCAAAACAAGUCAAACCUAUAGCCUUUUCUGUAAAUGACUACCCUACUGAAGAUAAACUGAGAAAUGUCAGCAUUCAGACAUCAGUACCAAACAUCACAUCCAAAGAUGAACAAUCUGAUAUUGUAAAGAAAACUCACACUAUGACCAUGCUAGAAGAACAGUACCCCUCUGAAUUUUGGAUAAGAGUAUUCACAGACGGAUCAGCCACAAAUGCAAAAACAAACGGAGGGGCUGACAAAGUCAAUAUCACAACUCCAGUUGUUUUCCUGACAGAUGCUCUAUCUGUAUUACAGAGCUUGACAAACAACAAGCUACCAUUACUAGAACAGGCGCUAUUUAACAUUCAAAGUCGCAUAACAGUGCUACAAUGGAUCCCUUCGCACUGUGGAGUCUAUGGUAAUGAACAAGCUGACAUUCUCGCAAAACAAGGUGCUGGACAACAACAGGAGAAAAACCCAGUCUGCCUUGCAGAGAUGAAAACCAUAAUCAAAUCUCUGUACAGAAAAUCCAAGCAUCAAGACAGUUACCACCAUCUGUCGAGACCUGAACAAACCGUCAUAUUCAGACUGAGAACAGGACACAAUAGACUAAACAAACAUCUGAACAGAGUGAUGAAAGUGGUACCAUCCCCAAUGUGUCCCUGUGGUGAGGCAGAACAAGAUACAACACAUAUUCUACAGACAUGCAAGAACCAUCAGGCAUUGGGACAAAGGAUAUGGCCAUUACCAACAACCAUCCAGGAAAAGCUAUUUGGAACAGUGGAGGACUUACAGAAGACCACCAGAUUCGUAGAGGAAGCAGAAAUCCAAGUGUAG